AUGGCCACGUCAGCGCCAGCGAUUCCAGACAUUGGCCAGGCAGUGGAAGAUCUCUCCGCUCGAGUCGCCGCGGAGAUUAACGGCGGCGCCGAUUCCGCCGAUUCCGCCUCCGCGGAAGCCGCCGCCGCCGCUGCGUCCGCUGCGGCGGGGCCUCCCGCGGUGGACGAGAUCGAGAGCCUGUGCAUGCGGUGCCACGAGCAGGGCACGACGCGGCUCCUGCUGACACGUGUCCCGCACUUUCGGGAGCUCGUCAUCAUGGCGUUCGAGUGCCCGCAUUGCAACGAGUCCAACAACGAGGUACAGUUCGCCGGGUCGUUACAACCCACCGGCGUACGGUACUCCCUUUCCGUACCAGUCUCUGCGGAAGGAGCCGAGGAAACCACCGACUCCCACGAGGCGCUGAUGAACCGACAAGUGGUGAAAUCCGAUUCGGCGACGAUCCGCAUUCCGGAGAUCGACUUCGAGAUUCCCCCCGAGUCGCAGCGCGGCACGCUCACCACCGUGGAGGGCGUCUUGACCCGCGCGCACGAUGGACUCGGCGCGCUGCAGGCGGAGCGACGCGCGGCGGACGCCGCCGUCGCCGCCGCAAUCGACGAAUUUCUCGCGAAAUUGAAAUCCUGCAUCGACGGCUCACGCUCGUUCACGCUCGUGCUAGACGAUCCGUCGGGUAACAGUUACGUCGAGAACCCGCGCGCUCCGGAACCCGAUCCGAUCUUGAAGGUUGAGCAUUACGAGCGAACGGCGGAGCAAAACGAGAAGCUAGGCUUUCUCUCGGCUCCUGCAGACGGGGGGGAAGGCGGGGAAGCGGGGGGGGCGGGGGACGGCGCAGCGGGGGAUCUUACGAAGCUUCCGCACGGGUCGGUGGGUGCCGAGCUGGCGUACCGCGCAAUUGCCGGCGGGAAUAACGCGGACCUGGCGAGUAACGCGCUGCUGUGCGGAUACUCCGCGCCCGAGGAGGUGAUGGUGUUCCCCGCCACGUGCAGCGCGUGUGGCGCUAGCGGCACGGCGAGCGGCGCGGAGAGUGGCGCGAGUGGGGACACGGGGAAGGGGGACAGAGGAAAGGGGGACGCGGAGGGAGGAACUGAUGGUGGAGCGGAAGGGGGAGCAGCGGACGUGGACGAGGUGUGCGUGACGCGCAUGUUCGCGACGCGGAUUCCGUAUUUCAAGGACGUCAUUCUGAUGUCCACGUCAUGCGACGCGUGCGGGUAUAAAAACUCCGAGUUAAAAGCCGCUGGCGGCGUGGCGCCCAAGGGACUCAAAAUCACCCUAACGGUCCGCAACCAGAAGGACCUAUCCCGCGAUAUAAUCAAAGCCGAAUCCGCCGCGGUGUAUAUCCCUGAGAUUGAAUUAGAACUAGGCGCGGGGACUCUAGGCGGACGGGUGACUACAGUGGAGGGGCUUGUAACGGAAAUCGCGGACAGCUUGAAACGGAUCCGGCCGUUUGAGAUCGGAGACAGCGCGCCUGAGUGGCAGCGGAGCAAAUGGCAGGAUUUGGAUAGGCAGCUGCGCGCGCUGGCUGCUGGUGAACCUAAUGGGUCUGGAGCAGAAGGGAAGUUGGAGAACGACAAGGGAGAAUCUGGGGAGGAAGGGAGGGUGGAGGAAGGUGAUGGGGAGAUGGAGGAGUUGUCGGAGUGGCAUUUGGUGCUGGACGACGCGUUGGCGAACUCGUUCGUGUCGUUUGUGGGCGAGCGACUGGAGGACGAUGGGCAGGUGCGGGUGGAGGAGUAUGUGCGGUCGUGGGAGCAGGAUGAGGAGCUUGGGCUGCAUGACAUGCGGACAGGCGAGCAGCAGGGUGAGCUGGCAGCAAUCCAGGAGUGA